CUUCCUUCUGUGUUGAAGACAAGGAAACAUUUAAAAGCUGCUUGCUGCUGCUGCUCUUCAGAGGCUCAGCCCGGCUGUGAUCUCAUCAUGUCUAUCCACUGUGUACUGGGAGCACUAAUGCUGGUGCUGACUUUUGAUGGCCAAGUUCAUUCAGGUGAAAUCAUUGGAGGACACCAGGCUGUGAAACACAGCAGGCCGUACAUGGUGCUUUUAGUAACGCACCAGCCUAAUCAUCCGACAGGAUACUGUGGUGGUUUCCUGCUGAAUAAAAAAUUUGUGAUGACUGCAGCCCACUGCCAGGCCGAGUCCUAUGAUGUCUUACUAGGACUUCACGAUUUCUCCAACCCACAAGGCAUACAAAAUGUGUCAGUUGGAAAAAGGUUUCCACAUCCUGAGUACGAUGACAAAGUUCUUACAAAUGACAUAAUGCUGCUCAAGUUGAGCUCCAAGGUAAAAUUCAACCGCAAGGUGAAACGGAUUCUUCUCACAGAUAAGGACGAUGCCACCCCAAAAUCUUGUAUAGUUUGUGGUUGGGGACAAACAGCCAGAAACAACGGAUAUAUGUCUCGUAUACUCAUGGAAGUUAAUGUGACGUUAACUGCAGAAUGUGCAGAGCAUCAUGCCUACUGCUCUGAGGGAGAUGCUGGACCCGGUACUGGAGACUCUGGUGGUCCACUGUUCUGCAAUGGAAAGGCAUAUGGGGUGGUGUCUGCCAGCAUCAUGCACAGGGACAAACCAGUCUACAAGUAUACCAAGAUACCUGACUACAGGGAUUGGAUUAAUAUAACUAUGAAACAAAAUAGUGAGCCUUGACACAUGUAACACUGCAUCUAAACAUGAAUGUGAUCUUGUUAAGAAAGUGACAUGGUUUGACAUUUAAGUUUCAAAUUAAUUAAGAGUUUACUCACAGCUGAGUCAUAGAUGUGAUAGGUGCUUAUAUUAGAUACUACAUAUCCCACUUAUAAUAAUGUCUUUAAAUGUGUGAAUUACUGCAUUGUGCAAGUCCACCAAGCAGGAAUUGUAUCAUAUUUUAAUCAUUAAACGGCUGCUCUCUCA